AUGAUGGCUGCACCAAAGUUUUAUGUUGAUUCCCUGAACGGUGACGAUGGAAAUGACGGCAGUGAAAUGAAGCCACUUAGAACACUCUUUCAAGCCAUGCAAUUAGCAAAAUCUCCUUGCGGUGAUUUCUUAGUGCGGACUGAGAAAGACGGUGUAUCUUCUUGGGAACCUGCUUCUAAAACUGCUCUUAAAAAGAAUCAAAAAAAGUUUGAGCAGGAAAUGAGGAAAAUGGCCAAGGCUGAAGAACGGGCGGAAAAAGCUGCAGGAGCAACAGCGGCAGCCUUAGAGGAAGCGAAAAACAUAAAGAUUGAACUUGAUUCAACUCUUCCAGAACCACCAGUUGUGAAGAUUCGUGAAUGUACUAAAUAUCGAGAUAGGAGGAUAUGUGUGAAAGCUUGGAUUCAUCGCUUGAGGCGGCAAGGGAAAAAUUUGAUGUUUCUUGUACUGCGCGAUGGUUCGGGUUUCCUCCAGUGUGUGCUUACUGAUAAACUGUGUCAAACAUAUGACGCAGUGACUUUAAAUCCUGAAAGUACGGUCACUGUUUAUGGGACUUUGAAACCUGUUGCUGAAGGCCAGGUUGCUCCUUAUGGUCUCGAAUUACAUGUUGACUAUUGGAAAAUAAUCGGGAAAGCUCCACCAGGAGGUAUUGAUGACGUUCUUAAUAAGGAAGCCAAGGUAGAUACACUGUUGGAAAACCGGCAUUUGGUGAUACGGGGUGAAAAUGCAUCUCGUAUUAUCCGCAUAAGGAGUGCUGUGACUCGUGCAAUGAGGGAGCAUUUUUACGAAGCUGGAUACACUGAAGUGUUUCCUCCAACGCUUGUGCAGACACAGGUGGAAGGCGGUUCAACUCUUUUCCCACUUAAUUAUUUCGGGGAAUCAGCAUAUCUAACUCAAUCGUCACAACUGUAUCUCGAGACUUGCCUCUCUUCGAUAGGAGACGUUUAUUGUAUUGCUCAGUCAUACAGAGCCGAGAAAUCUCGUACUCGUCGUCAUUUGGCUGAGUUUUCUCACGUCGAAGCGGAGUGUGCGUUUAUAACUUUCGAUGAAUUAAUGAACAAAAUUGAAGAUUUGGUUUGUGACACGGUUGAGAGGUUGUUAAAAGACCCCUUUGUCAAGGACUUAAUUGAUUUUGUUAACCCGGCAAGUGCUAGUUUCAAGUCGCCACAUCGUCCUUUCAAGAGGAUGAAGUAUAGCGAAGGAAUAGCAUGGUUACAAAAAAAUAACAUUAUGAAUGAAGAUGGCCAGCCUUACAAGUUUGGUGAUGAUAUUGCAGAGGCUGCAGAACGGUCCAUGACCGACCAAAUCAAUGAGCCGAUUUUCCUCAACCGUUUUCCUGCUCAUCUAAAAGCUUUUUACAUGCAACGAGAUACUGAAGAUCCAGAUUUGACAGAAUCGGUUGAUCUCCUUAUGCCAAAUGUUGGUGAAAUUGUCGGAGGCAGCAUGAGGAUAUGGGAUGAAACAGAGCUAAUGAAGGCGUUCGAGAAGGCUUCAAUAAAGGCUGAGCCUUAUUACUGGUACAUCGAUCAGAGAAGAUAUGGCUCUUGUCCACAUGGUGGUUACGGUCUUGGGUUAGAACGUUUCGUAGCCUGGUUAACAAAUAGUUAUCACGUACGUGAUGUUUGUCUCUAUCCUCGUUUUAUUGGGCGGUGCGCGCCUUGA